AUGAAAGAGGAGCGUGUCCGGCCUGAGGGCAUGGACGACGAGACAUGGGAGAUGGCGCAGGUGAUGGGGUUCGCGGGGUUCAAGAGCACGAAGAAUACAAAGGUGCCGGGGAACGAUAAGAAUUUUGGGGUCAGGAAGGAUAAGCAGAUGGAGGCUAGACAGUAUAUGAAUAGGCAGGGUGGAUUCAAUAGGCCGUUG